ACCCCGCCCCUCGGUAGGGAAAGAGGCGCCUGGAACUCUCGCCGCUCAGUCGGAAUUGGUCUUUUCCUUUUCACCCCUGGCCAGAUAUUGGCUGCCGUUCGCUAGCACCGAGAGAGAGGAUUGGCUGUGCUGAGGACGACAGGCAGGCUGUGAUUGCCGCUAGGAGGUGUGCAGCUGGGUCCGGAAGGGAAUUUCGUGCAGCAAUGGGUCAAGAAGCUGGCAAACUUGCAUGGCCAAAACCAACAGGAGGGUAUCAGACUAUUACAGGUAGAAGAUACGGAAGAAGGCAUGCUUGUGUCAGUUUUAGACCAUCUUUGAAUAGUGAGGAUGGAAAUCAACACCAACACAAUGGAGAAUAUGAAGGAUUAGAAUUGAGUGAUGGUUCUGGACCAUUGGUUCAAGUUUCUUCAGGUUUACUGGAUGAGCCUGUGUUAGAAAAUAUUGGAACUGGAGAACCCAUUUGCCAAGCUGUGUUCAGGCAAACUUCUGAGGCAAACCCUUCACCAUUUUCUUAUGUAGAAGGCAGCCAAAUCUCAAGGAACGUUAUGAGCCCUGAUAAAAACUCAGAGGACCUUGCAAAAUAUGCUUCUGGGGAGUGUGAUGAUUUGAAUAGCUGCAGUGGAAUAGCUUUUGUAAACAUUGACUCUUAUGAGCCAGAUAGCAGUGAAGGAGAAGAUGGUGAUGAUCAAAACCAACUUUGCUUGGUGAGAGAAGAAGCAGGUGUACUUCAGGAGACACUAGAUAACAUAGUUUCUGAGUUAGAAAAGGAUGUAGAAUCUCUUACGCAUUUACGGUCCCAGCUAUCUACUCUCAAUGAUAGAGUUUAUAGAGGAUGUUGUGAGGAAAUAGGACCAGUGCCCUUAGCAAGAUAUUUUAGCACAGAUUCAGACUUUACCCAACCAGACAAUGGGAUGUAUAAAAAAUCUGCUGAAGAUCAAGCCAUACUGACAAAUAACCUGAGUGGUGCCAGCUAUGAAAUGCAACUGGUAAACACAGUGAAUAUUGAAAACAGGACCUGUGUAACAACUUGUAGUGAAUUAAAUAUCAAUGAUGAGGAGACUGAGCAAGGAGAUUCACCUGAACCAAUAGUGAGACCUAAAAUAAGAAAACUAAACCCCACAAGCCAUUUGGACAGAGAGAAGCUUCCGAGUAAUAAUGAAGAAGAAAGCAGUUCUAGGAGGGAAGGUGAAAUUGAUGAAAUUGAGCAAGGCUGUGCUGAGUUUCCUUUCAGAAAUGACAAAGAAAAAUUGAGCUCCAGUAUGUUAUUUGAUUCCAAGUGGUACAGUGGUCCUCAAAGCCACACAAAAUUAGACCCAAGAAGAAAUACAUCAGUUCAAGAACAGAAAGUUAUGCCAGAUGAUAGCAGUUUCUGGGAUGAGUUUGAAGACUGCAGCAGACGCUUAUCAGUGUCCCACAGGGAUCAAGACAGCUCAGAAUGUAGUGAUGGAGAAUGGACUGCAACUGGGCCUAUCUAUUUUGCUGCUGCAGAAAAAGACCAGUCCUCAAGUGAUGAGAGCUGGGAGACUGUCCCAGGCAAGGAAGAACGUGAAGCAGAAGUGCUGAAUAGCAGCAGUGGUAUAGAAGUGAAUGCAGACGCCUGCUUCCAUGGAGGGGUGCAAACAUUUUUGGAGGAAGGUGAAAUUCCUUGGUUACAGUAUCAUGAAGAAAUAGAAAGCAGCAGUGAUGAGGAAAACAAUCCAUCGAGUGAUUUUGUGCAUCCUGGAUUAUUUAUGUUGGAUGGAAACAACAACCUUGAGGAUGACUCCAGUAUGAGUGAGGACCUGGAUGUGGAGUGGAGGUUGCUGGAUGAGUUUGGCGAUGGAGCAGGAGUUGCUCAAGUCAUUUCAUAUGUGGAUCCUCAAUUUUUCACGUAUAUGGCACUAGAGGAGAGCUUAGCACAAGCUAUGGAGAAUGCUCUGGCACAUUUGGAGUCUCUUGCAGUUGAUGUUGAACAGGCCCAUCCACCAGCUCCUAAAGAAAGCAUAGAUUGUCUACCACAGAUUGUCGUCACAGAUGACCAUGACGGUCAAGAGCAAUGCUGCACUAUAUGUUGCAGUGAAUAUGUAAAAGAUGAAAUCAUAACAGAGCUACCCUGCCAUCAUUUGUUUCACAAGCCUUGUGUCACUCUUUGGUUACAGAAGUCAGGAACUUGUCCUGUUUGUCGCCAUGUGCUUGCUCCCAUGCUUCCUGAAGCAGCUGCUGCCACUGCUUCCUUUCUACCUGAUGAUGAUUCUUCAUCUUCUGUUUAGAACGUUACGGGAGCUCCCAGCUAGCGUAUGAGAUGAACAUUCUUCUGCCAAAAUAAAUGUUAAUUGUGCUUAGUUACAAUGUGAAAAAAUGAUAUGUAAAAUACCGUGUGUAUCGUAUGUUUCAGUUUGGAAAGAAGACGCAAGAAUUUUUCAACUGAUUAGAUUUACAAUAGUUUCUAGCUUUCAAUUUGAAAAUUUAAAAAUGUGCACCCUUUUUCGGUUUUCAGAGUAAUAUUGCUGGUAACUAGAAUGUCUAAAGCUUGUAUUAUGUUAAAGUUGUCUGAAAAGAUAAUAUGGCACUUUGUGUUUGCAUUCUUACAACUGCAGUGCAGUUGCAGCUUGCUUAAGUUAUGCUUAUAGACUGUCCUACAUAACUGAACUAUUUGCCAGUGAGUAACUGUAAUUCUUCUUUUGUUUACGUCAGAUAUGAAGACAUUUUGUGAUGACAACAGUACAAUUUGCUCUUACUGGAAAUGCAGAGGAAAAAUAUCUCAGUUUUAUUCCACAUUAACCUUUUUCCUGGCAUCAGAAGUGCUGUUAGAUUACUGUUGCUUGGGCUUUUUUACAAAUGCUGUUACCAAUUUUAAGUCUUAAGUCCUGAAUGAACUUUAUUAUGUAUGAACUUUUAACGUCAACAUUUGAUAUUCUGAGUUUCUAAGAAGUUGAAUCUGUAACAUCUGAGCAGCUGGUUCUUUUUUUUUUUUAAUAUUGUUCUACUGAAUAGACCUCCUUUACUUUCUCCUCCUUGCACACACAUUCGCUCUCUUCUAGAUAGAUUUAUUUUUAUAUAUAUGUCAGGGAGGAAUUGCUUUCCUAAUGCAGAUAUAAUUAAAAUAUUUUUGUCUCUUGGAGUCUUGAAGUCUGAACAAGGUAGUAACAACCUUGUGCGUUUCGUUGAAAAAUAUCUUUGAAUACAUGGAUGUUAGCAUAACUAUUAUUAUUGCAGAAAUUUAAGAAUGAAUGUUUCUGGUGUUUGCACUUGUUGCAGUGGGUUAUGCUACGUAGAGUAUUUUAAAGGGAAAAAGACUGUAACUUCUAAAAUGUAUUUCUCUAGUUAAUACUCCGUGUCCCUUAAAGUUUUCUCUUGUGCUGAAGUUUGUCUUCGAGCACAGAAAGUUAAGUGGAUUUGUGUAUUCUGUAUUAGUGGUUGUGCAAUCUUACAGUGCUGGAGCAUGGGGAUAAUAUGCAAGGAACCAAAUCCAAGCACUCUUAAAAUUACUUGUUUCCAGUAACUACUAGUUAAGCUCGUGGAAAGCGCAAUGUGAUGAUUGAAAAACUAAGAUUAAAGUAGCACUUGGUUGUGGUUGUUGCUGCCAUAAUAGCCUCAUCUUUACAAAUAUUAAUCUAUUCUUUGAAUAGUGAUAUAAGACAGUAAUACUUGUUUUUGAGAGACAUACUGAAUAGCGUUACUUACUUUACAGUGUACUUUGUGGGCUGUGACAGAAUUGCUGGAUAUUGCCAUAGAUCUAUUCCUGAGGUUUUAGAUUUUGCAUUACUAAACAUGAAUACAAGGAAGUAAGAACAAGGGUGUUGGUGAAAAGUUGUGGAAGUGUGGUUAGCACAGCUCCUUACAAGUUUAUUUUUCUGCAGUAGAACUCUAUAUUCAUCAAAGCUGACAUCAGCAGGGUUUUGAAAAACAUGACAAGGAACCUAUAGGUGUACUCACUGGGACAGUUUGUACUAAUCCAAGAAGCACUGUAAUUUUCCUUAUCUCAUUUAUAAAUCAGUGCUGGGGAGAAUGCCCAUUGAUUGCUCCUCUUAUGGCAAAUGCUACAACAGGUUAUUGUAACCUGCCUGUAUUAUAUUUCUUUCCUAACUGCACAGUAUCUGUCCCUCAUUUAAUCCUUUAAGAACCGUUUUUUGUAAAGAGGAUUACCUUAGAUUCUGGGGCAAGAUUUGGAAGCACUCUUGCUUGUAGCUUUUGAUUCCAGACUUAACAAGCAAUGUCAAGAGCUAAUUCAGAAGCAGCUGUUAGGCUUUUUUCCUCCUUAUCUAUUACUGGCCUCAGUUCUGUCUACUAUUUCUGAACAGCUGAUGAACAGCUGUCUAAGAGUGUUAAAACCUUUUUUCUUUUUUCCCUUUCACCUUGAAUGUUAAUGGAUAAUUCAUAGAUCUUUCUUGGUGCCUCAAAUGAGGAAAUAGCAAAUGAAAGACCUUUGUCAAGGUGUCUGCAAAAUGAUAUGCCAUGUCAGGUCAUACUCAGGAGAGAUUACCUGAGCAAUCCUUCAAAUUCUUUGGAAUAUUCAAAUGCUAGUAGUGAUUUAUUUUUUGGUAAAUGAAAUUGCGUCAGAUUGCUGUGCACAUUCAGUGGUAAAAUCAGUUCAAGAAGGCCUGGUCCUUGGAAACACCUUGUAAAGUGUAAUGUUUUCCUAGAACAACAAAAAUUAAAGAACAAAUAUUUGCUCAAAGGGAACAUUCUGGGUAUUCUCUAAUAAAAACUUCUAGCUACAAGAAGAAAUUUUUUUUCCCACAUAAAGUAAAAACAAGCAUUCAACAAGAAGGCAGAGGAAAAUGUGGAAAAAUAGGUCUGCUACAACGAGAGUUUGUAUCAUAGGUCUGCUACAGCUGAGGGUUUAUAUCGUCUCUUCAUGUACUAGUAAACUGGAUGCGUGAGAAGUCCAAAGGAGAUCACAAAAGGGGAUAAACAAAUUACCUACUUUGAGUAAUGUUCAAGUAAUACAGAAGUUCUUGUGAAAAAUAUGUUUCUGGUAAACUACAUGAUGUAAAAUGAAUGCUUUUUAAUAUGUAAUAAAACAUUUUCAUUGUGAAGUUAAAA